AUGACAUGGCAGGCAAAAGGUGGUGCACUUGGGCACGCUGGUCUCCGCAAGGACUACUGGGUCCACAUGCAGGAAGCACGCGAGCGCUUGCAGCGUGAGAAUCCGGGCGCAUCCAAGCGUGAAGUGUUGAAGAUGGCAGUUUCUGAGGGUGACAAGAAAGCCACCAGCGACAGUGAACGCUGCUCGUGGCGUGAGCUGUUACAUGAGCUGGAGGAUAGCGGAAUGACGGAUGCCACAGUGAACAGCCAUGAUGUCAAACAUGCUACUUCCAGCGGAGAAGGUGGUGAAGCAGCAUACAUCUUCAAACCAAAGCCGAAUGCAAUGGUCUUCGCCUACAACCCGCUGCCCAGUUAUAAGUGGUCAACUGUUGCAUCAGCUUUCACGAUCAAUGAUCCUUGGACACAAAGCUUGCUGUCCUGA